UAAAUAAAUGAUAACCGUAUUGUCAGAGUGUUCUUUUCUUCGUUCUAGAAUCUAAAUGAUUUAAUUAGUGAUCGUUAAUUAACUCUUUGCAGUCCGACACUUUUUAAGACCAAGGAUUUUAGUUGAGAAAGGAAAAGGUGUGGAAUGUUCGUAAAUUUAUUUACACGAUGGUCUUCUUCCUUCUUUUCUAUUUUUUAUCGCUUAAAGUAAUGCAGGAAAUAAUUUUCACGUUAUCACCGUGGUGCUAGUAGCGUCGGUUAACACUCAAAGGGUUAGGUCCUUUGAUUAACCAACGCAGGAGCAUGUUAAACUGUUCACACAUUCACUUACUCCAUCCAGUACAUAAUCCAUUUAAUCCUUUCCUUUAGAACGCGAUUCUCCAUAAAUAAAUCAGACGCGAUGAACACAAUUUCCUAAAAUAACGCACUGUUUACAAGAAAAUUGGUUUCGGAAAUGUACCAAAUAUCGAAGCGGAUUUUACUCUUUCAUCUCUUUCUGUAGAAUCUAUUAUCUUAUCAAUGCGAGGUAAACAGAAGUAGUAGCGAACAGGAGAAAAUGUUUAUUAAUGAGAGAUGCUACCAAGGUCUACCAAUUUAUUGCUUACAAUUAGAAAUUAUACACGCAUGCUCGAUACACUUUCAGAGGCAAUUCUCUUACGAAAACAAGUUGUUGUAUUUAAAUACAUUUUAUUCUUCAUUUUCAAGUUAUUUUCUUUUAUACCGCAAUUCGCAGGCCACUGUAUAUUUUACUUCAGUUUAUUUUAAUUUAGGAGCCUGCUUUUUUGAUAAGAUGCGAAUGUUUAACGUUGGGGUGACUAAUAGACCACAGAGUCUGGAUAUUUGUAUCUGUUCUUUCCCUGUCAAAGUAAUAGCCGGGCUUUACUUUAUGUACGUUUCUUCUGAAUUUAUGUAGGGAACAUCUAACAAUAAGUACGAUUGUACAAACUUAUAUAAGUAUGAACAACAGCUAGCUAGUUCGAUAUGACGACACACAAGCUGGACAUGUGUUUUAUGUAAUCGAAUCUGACCUAUAGGCACUUUAAUGAGACGCUGUUAGUGGAAAGGUUCAUUACUUGUAACGACGAUCCUUGAAUAACCACAAGCUCAUCACUCUAAGAAACUAUUUAUAUCUUCUUCAUCGACGAUUUUCUCGCAUUCCAUACCCUCCGAUUCGUUGUAAUUUCGAAUAAUUACGAUUGAUCAUUUCGAACACGCCAGCGAUAUCCAUUUUCUAAACACGAAAAUCGCAUUGGAAGUUGAAUGAACGUUACAUCGAUUUCGUUUCUAUCCCUUCGUUCGUUCGGUUUUUGCUAGUUUCCUGGAUUUUCCUAACUACGCUCGGGAUUUCAAAUUUUCGAUUCACGGUUUCCAAUUCGAGACGGUUAUCUGAAAAUAUGACACGCAGUCUGGGAUAUCCAACAUUGCAGUCGAGUAUACGAAAAGAUUUGUGUCUGACUUGGAGGAACAUUUCAUAUACGGUUGAGAAGAAGGUCAAUGGCGGUAGUCUUCGAGCAAUUUUCGGUCUGCAGCACACUGAAUUCAUUCGACUGCUCAAUGGAGUCAGUGGUAUAGUUAAUUCAGGAAUGUUGAUGGCGAUUAUGGGACCAAGCGGCGCUGGGAAAACUACGUUACUCGCGACGAUCAGCCGCCGUGUGAAAGGAGAAGCGACAGGCGACGUUCUGUUAAAUGGCAAGCCUAUCGAUACCGACCAGAUGAUAAGGAUAUCUGGAUUCGUUCCACAAAUGGACCUGGCCAUCGAAUCGCUGACAAUCCUAGAGCACAUGGAAUUCAUGGCGUGCAUGAAAAUGGACAGGAGGCUGAGGGCCAACGUCAGAAGGCAACGCAUAAUGAUGCUGCUUGGUGAACUUGGACUAGGAAAAUGUAUCACCACAAAAUUAUCUGCCCUUUCUGGCGGAGAGAGGAAACGCGUCACCCUGGCUGUUCAAUUGCUCACUGAACCGAGCAUUCUCUUCUGCGACGAGCCAACUACAGGGUUGGAUAGUUAUGGGGCGAUGACUGUGGUGAAGACGUUGAGGGACGUCGCUGCCAGCGGAAGGAUAGUCAUAUGCACGUUGCAUCAACCUGCUUCCGGUUUGUUAGACAUCUUCCAUGAAGUUCUGCUACUUUCCAGCGGCAGGGUCGCUUUUCAAGGUUCUUCUAUCGACGCUAUGAAAUUCUUCGAUAGCUUGGACCUACGUUGUCCUCCAACUUUCAACAGCGCUGAGUUCUUCGUUUCUCAACUAUCCAUCGUCCGUGGCAGGGAAGCUGAAAGUUAUAGAAAGGUAAAUUGGAUCUGCGAUCAGUACGAGAAAUCGAAACACAGCCAGAAGAUGUCGAAACUGAUCGACUACUCCUGCUUCAUGGAUUCCGGUGAGCUACCAGCAAUAUUCUCACAGAUCUCCUUGUCUCCGAAAGAUUUCAAAAAAGCACGUACACUGACGCAGCUUCGCUGGCUCACGUGGCGAACUUACGUCGAUUACAAGAGGAACUCAGCCUCUCUUCUCUUGCGAUUCGCAACGUACAUGUUUAUAGGAUUGCUGAUAGCGUUGCCGUAUAUGAACAUCACGGGACAAGCGUUGAAUCAGGGUGGCAUACAGAAUAUGCAAGGUCUCCUCUACUUGGUGGUCGUCGAAACUGUAUUCACGUUCAAUUAUGCUGUUUUCUACACAUUCCCGCGAGAACUGCCGCUUCUACUGCGCGACAUCGCCAGUGGACUAUAUGACCCGACGCCGUAUUACAUGAGCAAGGUUAUCGUCCUGAUACCCGGGGCGAUAAUACAGCCAUUGCUGUACGCGGCUUUCAUAUUCGCAAUCACGGGGCUGAAGGGUGGACUUUUAGGAUUCGUUUACUUUGCGCUGCCUGUAGUUGUCUGCGCCGUUUCAGCCUCCGCUCUUGGUUUAUUUCUAUCGGCGUCGUUCCAAUCGGUAAACACAGCCUCCCUAUUUUCUGUGCCGUUGGACUUCCUUGGCCUGAUGUUCUGCGGAAUUUAUUUGCAUCUCGGCUAUCUAGCGCCUGGUAUCGCGUGGCUCAAAUAUCUAUCCCAGUUCUAUUAUGGCCUAGAGGCGGUUUCCUUGACGCAAUGGCCUCUAAUCGAUCACAUAAACUGUUCGCCGGAUCCGGAAGAGCCGUGUGUCUCCAGCGGGCGAGAAGUUUUGGAGAAGUACGGCUACUCACCAAACCAUUACACCAUGGAUAUAAUCGGCCUCUUGGUCAUUUUUGGGAUUUGCCAUUUCGCUGGUUUUCUGGUGAUCAGACACAGAAGUCGCAAAGAACCUGUCUAUUAAAUUAAUUUCCAGUUGUUAAUUAAGUUAAUCUACAACGUCAUUCAUUUUACAACUUCUCUUUCUAAAAAAAAAAAUCUAAAUAAAAGAAAAUCAAUGCACAAAUGUUUCCUUGCUACCGUUGUUUAUCAAUUUGUAAACUUAAAUAUUUUGUUAUCUCUGAUCGAUCGACGUAAUCACCUCUGAUCUCAUGAAAUUAACAAUUCACAGAUUCUCGAUAUUAACGCUAAUAUUAAUAGAUAUUUAGGGAAUACAAAGAUAAUAUUAAGUUAUACGAGUAACUUUAAGUAAGUU